ACCGACAGAGCCACUGAGCUCUGGUUCUUCAAUGUUUGCCUCCUCUCGCAGCGACGUCUCCGUCGUGCGUCUAUCAUAAUUUUCGUUCAAGCAGGAGGAGAUUUCGACUCCGAGUUCUCGAGUGUCCAGUUGUUUGCUGUUUUUUUCCCUCCGGUUCCAACGAAUGGCGACGACAGAGCAGAGCCGGAGGAGGAGACUGCUGUAGUGGGUGAAAGAAUCAUCCAUCAAAUUCGUCUAUUGGGGCUUCGUUGUUAGGGGCAAACGCGUCGCAGCCAUGACGCGCUGGGCUGCAUCCAGCCCAAAGCUGCGUAUCGCGCUUUGCCAUCCCGAUCUUGGAAUAGGUGGAGCUGAGAGAUUGGUCGUAGAUGCCGCGAUGGAACUGAAAAAGAGAGGGCAUGAAGUUCUUAUUUUUACUGCUCAUCAUGAUCGGCAACACUGCUUCGAGGAAACCCUGGGAGGAGAUUUGCCAGUCGUUGUAUACGGGGACUUCUUACCCAGAAGUAUAUUCAACAGGCUGCAUGCUGUUUGCGCUUAUAUUCGAUGUCUCUACGUCGCUUUUUGUAUGGUCCUCUUUUGGCAUACAUUUGAUGUGGUCUUUGUAGACCAAGUAUCUGCUGUCAUCCCCGUCUUUAGGAUGAAAUCGUCGUCCAAGAUACUUUUCUACUGUCACUUUCCGGAUAUGUUACUAGCGCAGCACACGACAACGUUGAGAAAACUUUACAGAAAGCCCCUAGAUUGGCUUGAAGAGACCACCACUGGAAAGGCGGAUCUUGUGCUUGUAAAUAGUGAGUUCACGGCAUCAACGUUUGCAGAAACAUUCAAAACUCUCAACAAAUAUGGCAUGAGACCAUCUGUUCUCUACCCAGCAGUUGAUAUCGACCAGUUCUACACUCAAAAGAAACCAUGUACCAACGGACCAUUUUUUCUGUCUAUCAAUAGGUUCGAGCGCAAGAAGAAUAUUGGUCUAGCGAUUUCAUCAUUUGCUGCUGUAAGAAGGGAACUGGCAACGGUUCGAGUUGAUGAGAAGUGUGAAAUUGCUGCAUCCGUGGAUGUGAGGCUGGUGAUUGCAGGUGGCUACGAUGAUAGGCUUGCUGAAAAUCGUGAGUACUUGCAAGAGCUGAAGACUUUAGUCUCCGAUGAAGGAAUUUCAGGCUUCGUGGACUUUGAGCCAUCGUGUUCAACUGCAAGGAAGAACGAGUUACUUGCUUCUUGUAUUGCCGUCAUUUACACUCCCAUGAAGGAGCACUUCGGUAUAGUUCCGUUGGAAGCUAUGGGCGCCGCAAAGCCAGUCAUUGCCUGCAACAGUGGUGGUCCUAAGGAAAGUGUGGAACAUUCAGUCACUGGGUUUCUUUGUGAAAAUUCUGCUCGCAGUUUUGCUUCUGCUAUGCUUGUGUUUUUCCGGGAGCCUAGUAGAGCAGAAUUGAUGGGUGUUGCAGCAAGAAAGCACGUUGAAACAAAAUUUUCGAGAACUGUUUUCGGUGAGAAUCUUAACAAUUACAUUUCAGAACUCCUGAUCAGCUCCAGGCGGUCAGCCAAACAGGGAAUUGAGAUGUCUAGAAUUUAGAUAUUAAUCUUAGGCUCCACAGCUGUCAGAGAUGUAUAUUUUUAUACAAGCAUGUCAUCCCAUCAUACUGAUGGUAGUUACAAAUAUAAAAAGGAAAUCCCAGUCCAUUUUCAUCC